GAGAGUAGAGUCGAGACACACAAGAGUGGCCAAAACCAAACUAUUUGACCCACACGCAUUCUCUUAUCUCUCUCUCUCUCUCACCUCAGUCAGUGUAGGCUCAGUGGUCAGCCCUCCUCAAAUGUAGAAACUUUAUUCUACGACCAUACCAUACAUAUCAUUUUCCACAAACUCACCCUUCUCUAACGGUACUUUUUUGUGGGGGAUUGAUUUGGGAGAUGAGCAAAGAACACCAACCUGAGCCUCUUGAUUUCUUUAUUUGGACUGUUGAGGAUGUUGGUUUGUGGUUGGAAGAGAUAAACCUUGGUAGUUAUCGCCAGAUUUUUAAAGAAAAUGGUGUCAAUGGAGAAUACCUGGAAGGCAUGUCCAUGUUCACUACUGAGCAGAUUCUUCGGUUUAUAAGACGAUGCCACAUGAAAUGGGGAGACUUCAUCACUCUAUGCAAGGAGCUCAGGCGAAUUAAAGUGGCUUGCCUGAAAGGGGAACAAAAGGUCCGCCGGCCGUGGUGGGCUCCAUCUUGUCUCUCAGUACUCUUUGUCAAGGUGGCAAAACGUAACAGACAGUCGCGAGUUGUUUCCUUGAAGCUGGAACCGUGAUGCAAGAUCUGCUUUAUAUGUAUGUAUUUUUUUAAUUUUUUUUUUUUUUUAAAUUUCUUUUUGUUUAGAGAACAGAAACAGAAAGUAGGAAAGAACCUUUUUUUUUGGUAUUGAAUCUGGCAAAGGUUGCUGUUUGUUCUCUUUUGGAGAACUAUAUUUUACAUACAAGCCCUUUAAUGUUUUAAUUUC